GGCACUCUUCGUGCGCGCACCCGCCUCGUUCCCCGUGUCACCUUGCUGGGUAAUCGGACCCCGAUCAGAACUGCAAAACCAGGCCAGAACUGGGUCGUUUGCAAUGGCUGCAGUCACCGGGAGCAAACCGAAAACAUCCCCCAAAGCCGUCAAAUUCCUCUUCGGGGGCCUGGCUGGGAUGGGGGCCACAGUGUUCGUGCAGCCGCUGGAUCUGGUGAAGAACCGCAUGCAGCUCAGCGGAGAGGGCUCCAAGACGCGGGAGUACAAGACCAGCUUCCACGCCCUGAGCAGCAUCCUGAGGAAUGAGGGUCUGAGGGGCAUCUACACAGGGUUGUCCGCUGGUCUGCUGCGCCAGGCAACCUACACCACCACCCGCCUGGGCAUCUACACCAUCCUGUUUGAGAAGAUGACGCGCGUCGAUGGCACGCCCCCCUCCUUCCUCGUGAAGGCGCUCAUCGGCAUGACGGCCGGUGCCACAGGAGCCUUCGUGGGGACCCCCGCAGAAGUGGCACUCAUUCGCAUGACUGCCGAUGGCAGGCAGCCCCCCGAACUGAGGAGGGGCUACACCAACGUGUUCAAUGCCUUGCUGAGGAUCACCAGAGAGGAGGGGGUCACUACGCUGUGGAGGGGCUGUAUUCCUACAAUGGCUCGUGCUGUAGUCGUGAACGCAGCUCAACUCGCCUCCUAUUCCCAAUCGAAACAGGCCCUGCUGGACACAGGGUAUUUCUCAGACAACAUUUUCUUGCAUUUCUGUGCCAGUAUGAUCAGUGGACUGGUCACCACAGCGGCCUCCAUGCCAGUGGACAUCGUUAAAACAAGAAUUCAGAACAUGAGAAUGAUUGAUGGGAAACCAGAAUACAGGAAUGGACUGGAAGUCCUGGUCAAGGUCGUUCGCUCGGAAGGGUUCUUCAGCCUGUGGAAAGGGUUCACUCCUUACUACGCCCGGCUGGGUCCUCACACUGUCCUCACCUUCAUCUUCCUGGAACAGAUGAACAAAUACUACAAGAUCUACUUCCUGGAGUCUUAGAGGGGCCCCCAGGAACCCGAGCCACCAGCCUCCUUCCAUGAAGCUGCAGUCUUUAAAAAAACAGGGCACCACAGCUGCCUCUACCGAUCAUUCUGAUCAGCAGGGGUGGAAAUAAGACUCUAACUGCGUAGCGCUUUCACCCCCUCCUGGCUUUACUACCAGCUUCAUUAGCCACCGCAGCGUGUCUCGGCAACGAGCUCAGGUGUGUCUUAUUAGUGAACUCCUAGUAAAACCAGGAGUGGAUCAAACUGCUGCGUUUUGCCGUAUCCCUGUUUUAUAAUGUUUUUUUUAGGUACCCCCUCGAUCAUUACGGAGUUGAACUUCGGCUGGAAAGUUUCGCGGUCGUUUUUCAAGUAGUUCAGCUGCAUAAUGAUCGUGCCGAGCAGCCUCCUUGCAAAGGAUGUUUUAUUUCAAUAACCUGUUAACACCAGAAACAGUCGAGGGAGGGGGAGCAACUCCUAGAUUUUAUAUCCCUCGAGUGGACCACUGUUAUCCACGCUUAAAGAAAACACUGGGAGUGCUGGGAUGGUGCAGCAGCAGCAGCAGGGCUAGUGUGAGUUUGUAACCCUGCUCAAACUCCUGGCUCCUGAUCAUUGCAAUAUUAA